GGUAGUUGGAAACGAUGUCGACGUUGACAAAAAUCUUCGUGACCGUUGUAGUUGUAGCGUCGCUUCCGCAAACGUCUGCAUUUAGUAUUCGGGAGCUAAUUAGAGGAGGAAAGCGUGGCGAUUCAUCAACGCCCUGUCCGACAUGGCACCCAUUCGAAUGCCCCUCAGGGGAAUGUGUACCGAUCAAGUAUCUAUGCGAUGGAUCUCCAGACUGUUCAGAUGAAUAUGAUGAAAAUAAGAGCAUGUGCACUGCCGCCACAAGGCCUCCAGUAGAAGAGACAUCGGCUUUCUUGAAAGCAUUACUGACCGCCCAUGGCAAAGACUUUUUGGUUAAGGUCUUCGGUCCCAAGGCGAAAGAUGAAUUGGCUGGGAUGGGGGGUGUGGAUAAAGUGGCUGUCGCGUUAUCACAAAUCCCAACAGCCGACUUAUUUGGUGUGGAAAUGAAAUUUACGGAAGAAGAAACAGAACACAUGAUGGCUGUGCUUGAUGGAAUUCUAAAUGGUUCAACGGAUGAACUCACAUCAAACGAAGCGGCAGAUUUUCGCUUCUUCGUACAAAAAUUACAGGAGACCGGAUUCUUCUAACCAGCCACGAUCAACAGCAAUACAUCGCAGAGUUUGACAAAAAGAUCUCCGCAGCGCCAGUCCUGAUCUCUUCUCGUUAGCGUGCCAUCAUCACAUUUCUUCCUCGUCGAAUCUCAUACAUACAACUACAUAAUUUACAACUGUAUACGAGUUGUCAGUUAAUAAAUCGUUUACUGUUGUCAAUUUGUCAAUUUAGAAUGAAUUUUCUUCAGUGUUG